AUGCACCAGUUUGAAGAUGACCGGCAGCUCGAAGCCCGUGGCUACAAGCGUGAAAUGCCGAGACAGUUCUCUGUAUUCAGUCUCGUUGCCCUUUCGUUUAGUCUGACAUGUACCUGGUCCGGGACUGGAUCUUCGAUGGGCAUCUCGAUUAAAGAGGGAUCAGCAGCGGGAACACUUUGGUCAAUUCCGGUAGCUGCCCUCAUGACAUUCAUUCUGUCAGCAGGAGUUGCAGAGCUGGCUUCCGCGUAUCCAGUUGCUGGUGCUCAAUACUAUUGGGCGUUUUUCCUUGCCUCUGACAAAUAUAGAGCAUUUGCCUCGUACAUAAAUGGUUGGCUGAGCAUUCUUGGAUGGUGGUUGGCUAGCGCAGCAGCUUGCAAUUUCAUAGCAUCUUUGAUUCUAUCGAUUACCUACCUGUGGUACCCAGAGUAUCAAAGUCAGAACUGGCACGAAUGGCUGGUCUAUAUUGGCAUUGUAUGGCUGGCUGUUGCAAUGAACACAUUUGGCUCUCAGCUUCUCCCAUUGUUCAACCGCUUUAACUUCAUUCUCGCAUGCUCUACUCUGACCGCCACAACGAUAACUCUCUUCGUGUGCAGUAGAAACAACCACGCCCCGGCUGAAUGGACCUUCGCCGAUACAACCAAUGAAACAGGCUGGCCUAGCAAUGGAUUCGCAUUCAUGCUCGCUGUCAGCAACGCCGUAUACGCAUUCCUCGGUACUGACUGUGGAGCCCAUCUAUGUGAAGAAAUCCGUGAUCCCGCUCAAAAUGCACCCAAAAUCAUCUUGUACCCUAUUCUGAUUGGACUGGUAACCGCAUUUCCUUUUGCAUGUGCUUGCAUGAAUGCGAUCACCGAUGUUGAUGCUGUUUUGAACACCCCAUCUGGCCUUCCUUUGAUUGAGAUUUACUAUCAAAGUACACAGUCAAAGAGUGCCUCUUCUAUUCUCUUGGCACUUUUCGCGUUUUGUUUCUUCGGUUGCAGUGUUGCCAAUGGAACCACAUGCUCGAGAACUCUCUGGGCCGUUUCUCGCGACAACAUGCUACCAUUCAGUAAGAUUUGGUCCAAGAUCGACUCCACCUUUCAGAUACCACUCAAUGCCCUGCUGCUUUCUGGCACAGUUAUCUCGCUCUAUGGCCUUAUUUUCUUGGGUUCAUCUACUGCAUUCUCAGCUAUGGUGGGCGCAGCCGUUAUCUUCUUACAGACAUCUUGUGCUCUUCCACAGGCCAUUCUGCUAUGGCGAGGUCGAGACAAUGUCCUUCCUGAGAGACCCUUCUCAUUGGGACGACUUGGUCCAGUCAUCAACUUUCUGGCAGUAGCCUGGGUUAUUUUCCUUGAUGUCAUCUCCUGUAUUCCGACUGAACUUCCGGUGACUAAAGAGAACAUGAACUAUAUCUCGGUUGUUUCGAUUGGUCUUACUAGCAUUGUGCUCCUCAUCUAUUUCUUCAGCAAGAAGGGGAAGUACCUUGGGCCUAGAAUGCCGAGUGAAGAUAUCGGCUUGGAUGGGAAUACAAUCACAGGAAAGGAAUGUCAGGAAUUUGGCGAUGAAGAGGCGAAGGACUGUGAUAAGGAUCUUGCAUCGGUCAAAAAACAGUAA